AUGGAGAUAACGGCUGAAAGGCUCAAAUCGGCAAGUGAUAAUCUGGAUGCCUGGUCAGGAAUAUGCCAUUUUGAAACUCGAGGUAAUUUGGACAGUAGUCUCAAAAAGAAUACUUCAUUUAUCAAAAGAGUCCGACUUUCAGUUGGUGAAGAGAAUAAAAAGGCGCUUCUUGAUGGAGUGCGAUCUUUAACAUUGACAAAGUAUAUCAAUGAACUUGUUCCAGCAUUGUUCGAUUCCUUGUUAAAGCUUAGCAGAUCUCAAGAUAUUUCAGCUGCAAUCGAAGUGAUUUCUGCACUUCAUCAGAGAUUUCCGGAGCAAUUCACGCCGGCACUUAUGGCCUGCUUUGCGGAGUAUGUGUGUCAAAAUAUCAAAAAGAAGACAAACGUGGCCGAAAUACGUCUAUGUUUCCAAUUUAUUAUGGAGCUAACAACUCUGGGGGUGUUUGGUAAAAUAAAGCUAAUAGAAGAUACCACAGCCGAAAUUCCAGCCGCUAUUCUUAAUCGGGAAAACUACUUGCUGGGAAGUUUGCUACUGCUCGUCCUUUGUAAAGGAUCAACCCGAAUACCGGAACAUGUACAAGUACUCCUCACGAUUAUUGAAAAUUACAAGGGAUACAUUACAAGUAAGGAAGAAGAUGUGGCUCGAAUCAUACCGCCGAAGGAUCAAACAAAUAUAUUGUCAUGCCUGGUGAAAUUUGACGAUUAUGCAUUUGACAGGAUAGUCGCUUUACGUGAUGAUCUUAAAUCUUUAAAUAAAAAGAAGGUAAGCACAGAAAUCAACACGGGUAAGGAGCAAACGAGGUUGAAGGACAGGAUUGAACAAACUUUGCAUGAAUUAGAAUUGUUUGAGAAAUAUGCAGAUUUGUGCACAGAAGUAUUCGAUGUAGAGCAGCCUGAAAAUGUUGUGAAAAAGGAAGAGGAGAAUAUUGAUAUGAGUGCAGAUGAAAACGAAAAGGAAGCAGAAAAAGAGACCAUUCAACUUCUGAAACCAUCUAACGAUUCAUUUUCCUCUGCAAAUAUAUGGACAGAUCCGUCAGAAAGAAAGUUUUAUCAGGAUAUUCCAGCAUUGAGUGUUUUGGUUCCAAAUCUGAAAAAGAAAGAUAAUACCGAACAGAGCUGCCAAGCGACCGAUGAGAGUAAUAGUGAUAAGACCAACGAAAAUUUGGACUCUAAGGGUAAGAUUCUCACAGAAAUUCUGGAGAAAUUGGAUGAAGCAAUAUGCGCAGAAGAUGUAGAUAAAGUUGCCACCGAAUUCUGGGCUCAAGAUCUUAAUACCAAAGCCUCCAUUAACAGGCUUAAAACAUACUUUCUUCACAAUGUGAAAGAGCGAUACAAAAUCCGCAAUUAUUGUCGUUUUCUAAAAAUUGGACAGGAUUAUUUUGCUGAAUUAAUUGGGGGAAUUUCUGAAGCUUUGCAAAAGCAAAUUAGGUAUUGUCUUUCGCAUGAUUGGACGAAUAUGAAAUCAUUAGUAUUGUUCUCGGAGCUUGUUAACUUUGGCCUUCUCCCUGUAUAUUUUGUUUUGUUUGUUGUCCAGAAGCUUGUUCUUUCUGUCAGAGUGAAAAACAACAUUGAGAUACUUUCCCAAAUUUUUGAGAUAUGUGGACGCACACUUCAAUAUGAUCCUGCAUAUAAGGACUAUGUUAAGCAGAUGGUCAUGACUCUUCAGGAUAUUCAAAAGGAUGGAAGUGUUCGUCUCGAAACAAAGAAAGAUAUACUUUCUCUCUGCAUGUCAUUAACUCCUCUUGAAUCCAAUCAGAUGUCAUCUCAAAACGAAAUAGAACUUGAUACUGUGGAUAAAAUUCAGUUAAUGCUCAGAAUGCUUAUUAAUGGAAUGGCUGAGCAACCCAAACGUGCUGAAAAAAUCGUCGCAUUGAUUCAUUGCAUUAAUUGGGGUGACCAGAAGACAUUUUACAGGAUGGCAGGAUUUUUUGCAAUGCCAGAGAAUUUUACCUAUAGUGGUAUAAAAGACCUAUCGAAAGUGUUGUUGAAAUUAGUUCAAAGCAAACCGAUUUAUCUUCACCUAAAGGUUGUACUAAUAGAUGCUUUAAUAUAUAAGAUUGAUGUCGGGUUCGAAAACAACAGUUUUGAGGAUAACCGGAAGCGGUUGGCACAGAUACGAUAUCUUGCAUGUUUAAGAAACCGCAAACUUAUUCCAAUCGGCUAUCUAUCAAAAUUGCAAUUUAAGAUUUUGAUGUUUGGACAUGAAUCCAGUUUUCCCGAUAUAAAUGAAAAGUGCAUCUUAGAUCCCCCAGAAAGUUAUUUUAGGGUUCGGAUGCUUGCUGAAUUAUUGCUUACUCUAAAGUACAAGUUUGCGUUUCUUGAUAGGAACAAGAAGUUGAUCUUCUUCUGCUUUUUUGAUUGUUAUCUCUGGACAAAGGUAAAGCCUGUACCCAUGGAAAUCACGAUCUUGUUAAAUAAAAUAAAGCUUGCUUAUAACAUUGGUCUUUCUGAUUCCUACAAGCAGGCCUUGAGUGAGUUUGCAUUAGCAAUAAAAGAAUCAGGUGAGCUUACUGAGAGCCAAAAAGGUGACUUUAAUAUAGAAGAAGAUGAUGAUGAUGAUGAUGAUGAUGACGAUGAUGACGACGACGAUAAUGAUGAUGACGACGACGAUAAUGAUGAUGACGACGACGAUAAUGAUGAUGACGACGACGAUGAGGAUGAUGAUGACGACGACGACGAUGAGGAUGACUAUGGGGAUGAUGAUGAAAGUGAUGAUGAGAGUGAUUAUGAUAGUGCAGAAGGUGAGGAUGAUGCUUUUGCUAAUGAAAAUGAAAGCGAUUCCUCUUUAUCUAUUUCUUUGGACGAUAACGAAUCCAUGCUAAGCAUGAAUACUCUGAAUCCUGGGAAAAUCGUCAAUGAACGACUUGAAGGCCAUUUGGAAGAUGAGUUUGGAAGAUUGAAAAUUGAAGCCGUUAAUAAUAGAGCUUCUGAUUCUUCUAAUUCAAGGCAAAGCUCUCUUCUGAACCCAAAGCUUCUUCUUACAAAAGCGAAGUUCAAAAAAUAUAAUGCCAGCUCAUCUAACGUUUCUGAAGCAGAAAAUUCAGACUCUUCGACUCUUACUGAUCGUGCAAAUUCAAUUGGUCCUUAUAAUAGAUCGGCCAAUAAUGGCUUGGUUGCUUCAACCAAUGGCAGUAAGUUUACUUUUCUUAGAAGGUCUGGGAACAAUGUGGAAGGCCAUGAUUUGGUUCUUCCAAACACGGCGAAAUUUGCACAAAAUUACAUCGAGCGUUUAGAAAAAAGCCAGAAAGAAAAAGAAGCCAUUAAAUCGAUAGUUCUGGAUAAGGUGAGGGCUAUGCAAUAG